GUCUUCUUUAAAAUGUAGGUUACUAUAUUAAAUACAUCCGGGCAUACUGUUUGAGUUUGAUUCAAAUAGAAUGCCUGAGAACAGGUCAUCCAUUGGCCUUACAUGGGAGCCAAAGGUACUUCUCCCAUCUAUGAUAAAAACUGGGCCUGAUUCAGUACAUAAACUACCCAGAAAUGUGGAAUGGAAGCCUGAAAGUGAGCUUGUUGAUGGACUCUUUGUUCCACCCAAUGACCCUAAGAAGAUGAACAAGUUUCUGCGAAAACAAGUUAAAGAUACGGCUGGUAAAAGCUGGUUUGAAAUGCCUGCCCCAACCAUCACUCCGGAGUUAAAGAAAGAUCUCCAAAUGCUAAAGUUGCGUAGUGUAAUUGAUCCAAAGAGGCAUUAUAAAAAGGGUGAUUCAAAGUCAAAGACGCUCCCCAAAUAUUUCCAGGUUGGUACAGUGACCGAGUCUGCAUCAGAUUUUUUCUCGGGUAGGCUCACUAAGAAGGAGAGGAAAGCAACCCUUGCUGAUGAGCUACUUUCUGAUCGGUCCCUUGGGGAGUAUAGGAAACGGAAGGUUCGAGAGAUCGAGGAGCAGAACCAGUCAGUUGGGAACCAGAAAUGGAAGAUCAAGGGUAAGCAGUCCUGGAAGCGUGCUAAGCACAGAAGGCAUGUUUGAACACAGCAACACUAUCCUAUCUGUUCCAAUGCCUCUUCAAUUGUUAGGAAACUCUGCCUUUGUGCUCCGAUCGUAUUGUGGUGGACAUGCCUCGUUGCAGUCUAACAUUACCCUCUUCCUUGACAAUCAACUGCGGCCUGAAUUUUGUUUUGAAGGAUGAUCACUGCAAAGGGUUCAAAGUGAGUUUACAGUACACAAUUUUAAGUCUCAUUUCAUUGUAA